GUUGAUUCCUUUUUGUCUGGUGACCCUGCUGAAAUGUUUCACUAACUCUGCUCUCCUCCUGUUGUUCUGUUGUCCUUGGCUUUUUCCUGGGAAUGCUCUCCAAGUCCUACCAGUGGGAAUCAAAUACUUCCCUGCAAUCCUGAAUGGGCAGGACAAAAAGAAAUUUGUUGCCUGGGUAACUCAGCAAAAUAACCAGGCCAUGCUCAUCAGAGCACUGAAAUAUCCCAAGAAAUUCUCUCUUUCUGCCUGGCUCAUCCCACACCAGUGCCCUGGAUUCCUGCAUAUGUUCAAACCAGUGCAGAGCUCAAGUGAGGAGGAGGCUGUGCCUGUGGAGUCACGGAUCAACAGGGUGUGAUUUACAGCUCCAUUACAGCCCUCCCCAAAACCUGGGUCCCAUCACUGCUGCUGGAGUUCAAAAGCCAUCUGUGAACUUCAGCAGGGACUCACAGUGCCCACAGCCAUACUGGGCUGCUGCAAUUCCACCCUGGAGCCCUGCCAACCUCUGCACUUUGGGUGAAGAAACAAAAAUCAAACGCGUUGUGAAGGGAAUAAUUCACUGGGCUGAUUCUCAGAACCUACAGCUUUAAUGAUUUAAGAAAAACACAGUAUAAAAACAGACACAAACCUGAUCUCUUGGUUCCCACCAAGAAAAGAAAUCUCUUGUUUUCAUUCUCAGCUGCAAGCUUGAAGAAGGAAACCUGGAGGAUUCUCCUAAAAUGGUUGAGCACGUUCAAGUGAGGCAAGAACGCCCAACAGAGCGAAGAGGCGCUCAUAAAAAACUCCCCUGAACAUUCAUGAAAUGUGAGCCUCUCUAAGUAUUUCCUUUUCAUCCAAUGGAUACAUUCAUGAGGCACUGAACAAGCCAUUCAUGAAGCAGGAGAUCUUUUAGGCCACGAAAAUACAAACUUAGAGUGGGCAAAGCCGUGAAAGCAAUCGGUGAAAGCGAAGUCGCCGGAGCGAGCAGCCCGGAGAUUCAGCUGGAUGAUCACGUAUCUUGCUACAGGUAUCACCAGCCUAUCUUUAGGCACCUUCUGGAAAGACAGCUCACUGAUACCAGCUGGAUCAGCCCAGGAAUUUGUUAGAUGUGCUUAAGAGAUUGGUAAGGAUAGCUGCUAACGUGACCGCGUUCCCUUGGCGACAGCGAACCCAUCGGGAUCCCGGCCAGCAUCCCCACACUUCCCUCUCCAGAGGAGGAACUCCCUCCUGGCCAGGGGCAGAGAUGGGAAGAUAAGCUCUGCCUGUAGACAAAUAGCCCUGUGCAAGAUGUGAGGAUUUCAUGCAGCAGCCAGACAUGUCUGAAAGUUCCUCAGGUCUGACUACAAGCAACCCGAAGUUCUUCAAGCCCUGCUCCUCCUGCUGCUCCAUCCUCAGUGAUGCACACACCACCCCACCAAUUCUACCCCAAACCAGAGGAACCCUGGGGCAGAACUGGGACUCCAGGCUCCCUUUCCCACUUCCUUCUGACUCCUUCAAGUACCUUGGCUGGUGUGACCUAGAGGAGCUCGGUGUUCGAGGAAAUCAGCUCCACUGCCCCCGAGUGAGGGAAGGGCCCUCAGAAGAAGAGCUGUUUUUCAGAAAAGAAGAACAUACUCUGAAAAAAAGAAAACAAGUAACUGACACAGAGAAAUGGGAAAAGAGGCUGCAAGAGAACUGGGAAAACUGUGCUGAGUUGAACCUUUCCUUCCAGGACCUGGGUGAUCUUUACCAGGUGGAAAACUUCCAAAGAAUCCUCCGCAGAUUAAUUCGGGUGGAAAAGCUGUGGCUGGUGGACAAUUCUUUGACAGACCUCAGUGCCAUAAGGUUGCCAAGAUGCAGAGAGCUAAAUGCAAAUAAAAACCACUUUACAUCCUUCAAACAGCUGCCAAAGAUCCCUCAGAUUCAGCACUUAUCUCUUGCUGAAAAUAACAUCACGACCCUAAGUGGGAUUUCAGACUUCAGGCACACUCCACUUGAAUCCCUGAUCCUCAAGAGGAAUCCCUGUGAGUUCCAGGAAAGAUACAGACAGCUUGUCUUCUCCAAUUUGCCAAACCUGAAAAUCCUGGAUGGUAUCCCAAAACUGCCAGAGGACUGUUCACCCCCUGAUGUCACGUUUUUUUACAGAAUCUGCACUAUACUCUAACACUGUAUUUUUGCUUAAAAGAGACAAUAAAUCCUGCCUA